AUGAACAAGUUUAGUCUUACAUUCAUUUCAAAAAAUUUAGAAUAAAAGUAUUAGGAUCACAGAUUUUUAUCAACAAUACCAGCUUGUAAAGUUAUAAAUUUAAUGUGCUUCACUAUCUGUAUUAUUAGAUCAAUAAUAUGUUUGAUUCUGUAGGAUUAUAUAAAUGUUUUUAUUUUUGUUCCACUUGGAUUAUUAGUCUUUAUAGUUCACUUUGUAGUUAUGUUUUAUAAAAAAUAAUGGAUAGAUUUUUAUUUAGUAGGCAUUAAUCAUCUUUUAAUGAGUUAUUAGGUUUAUACAGAAGCUGAUUUUAAACCAUAAGAGGCUUUUGUUUUUGGAUAAAAUAUGAUGGUUAUGCACAUCAUUAUUAUUUUAGUAUCAGAUUUCAAAUAUGCUGUAAUAUAAGUUAUUAAUAAUGCCAUUAUCAAAUUAGCAAUGGCAAGAUAUUUUUAAUCUGAUAUAUCAAUUCAAGCUUUCAUUUAUUGUUUCAUUCUUGCUCUUAUGAUUCUUAUACCUCUCCAAAGGACAAAUAAAUAAUAUAGAGAAUCAUUUCUAUAUACUUCAUAAAAUAACUCAUUAGGUAUAAAUUAUUAAAUUUAAAUAGACUGGAUUAUCCCAAAAUUAAUUGAAAACCCUUUCGCAGUAUUUGUCUAUGACAAUGAAACUGUUGGAUUUAAGGUAAAACUCUCUAAUUUUAAUAUCAAUGAUACAUUUGAAUCAACUAACACUAAUCUUUAAAAUUUAAACUCAUUCUUAAGGAAUUAUAAAUUAGAUGGAAAUACACUUGAAGCCUUCUUUCUUAAUAGAAGAAAUCAUACUUAAUCACUUAUAAUCAACUAAUAAAUUGAAGUUAUUAACUCAAAAAAUUAUUCAGAUAAAAUUUUCAUCAAAUAUUCUGAAGUUCAACUUACCGAAUAAACUUUUAUUAUUAUCCUUGAUUAAAAACAAUAGAAUUAUUUAUAAAUGGAAGAUAAAAUUUAAGGAUUAGAAAGAGGCAUCAAUCUAUUUUUAUUAAAUAUAAAAGGUUUCCUUUUAAAUCAAUUAAAAAUGUUAAAUAACUCCAAUAGAUAGAAUCCAUAAUCCAUAUAUAUGAAUAAAGUUAACUUAAUGUACAUUCUUACAAAGUUAACAGGAAUAUCUACUUUAAAUGUGAAAAAAUAUAAAAUUGUACCUAAAAUACAUCUAUUUAUUAAAUUAUUUAACAAAGCCUACAAUAAACAGGUGAUUUUUUAAUGUGAAUAAAAGCACAUAUAAAUAGUUACCAUAAAGAAUGUUUUUGAAGAACUAUUGAUAAUUUUAAUGACAUUAAUCUUUAGACAAUAAACAAUUACUGAAACUAAAUUAUUCUUACGUGGAAGCUAUAACUUAAAUGAUUAAUUCUUAGAUAUACUAAUAAAAAAUGAUUAGACUUCUUUCUUAUUUUAUUAGCUUUAAUAAAAUAUUCAUUUUCGUAAGAAUCUUAAAUAGAUAGGACCUUGUGAUAGAUUGCUAAUGGAAAAUAAUGGUAUUUAUCAUUUUUAUUGAUCAUUAGUAGUAAUUAUUAGGUUAUAUAAAGAUUUAAGUUAAUUGAAUAAGUUGUCAACUUUUCUAAAUUAGCCCAAAACUUGA